AUGCCCGAAGCCUGCGCUCCGAGUGUGGAUUUGCGUACGAUCAUCUCGCACUGCACAGAUUGGGCGUCUGCGACGGAGUUCGGGUGCAUUGUGCAGCAUCAGAUGGCGAAUAACGGCCUGGAUUUGACCCUAGGGUCCAAGUCUGCGUCUCUCAAGUUGGUAGGCGGGCUCUCGCCCGGGUCGGAGGUAUGGAUUUGCUCUACCGAGACACCAUUUGGGGUGAGGAUUGAUAUCCACUGCUCUGGGCAGAGGAUGGGUUUCGACCACGCCACAUCUAUGGCAAGUGAGAUUUGCGCAAUGGUAGAUUCUCUGAGAAGUUUGGAUCGGUAUUUGUACACUAUUGAAGGUAUCCCAUUUCCGAGUGAAGUGUGA